AUGCUUAUCAGUAAUGAUGAAAGAAAUCUGUCACUCGUCGCUAAACAAAUCGCGAAUACCUACAAUGUUCAAACACGAAUUGUGGUUGCAGAUUUUACAAAAAAUGAUGUUUAUGAAAUAAUAAGACCUGCUGUUGACCGAUUGUCCACAAUAGCUUGUUUAGUUAACAAUGUUGGUAUGGUGUUACCAUUUGAAUUGUUUGCUGGAGAAGCCGAUUCACCGAAUGAAGAAUCAAUCCGAAAUAUCAUUCGUUGUAACAUUUUGUCUACAGUAAUAAUGACAAGCAUCAUUCUGCCGAAAAUGUUAACACAGAAGGGACCUAAUCCUGGUAUCAUUAACAUUUCCUCCCAUUCAGGUUUUACAGUGACACCCUACUUGCCAAUGUACUCAUCAACGAAAGCAUUUAUCAUGCAUUUCUCUAGAUGUCUGGCUGCCGAGAAGUAUAGAAAGAAUGUGAUCAUACAAACGAUGCAUCCAUUAUUUGUAUCUACAAAUAUGACCGAUUUAAGAGAAGCCACAUAUUUCACACCAACUGCUAAAGUCUAUGCUAAACAUGCAUUGGAUAUGUUUGGUGUUGAACAACAAACUACUGGUUAUUUUCCACAUGAGUUAAAAGCAUUUGUAUACAAUCUAAUGCCAACAUCAUUGUGGAAUGAUGCUUAUGAUAUAAUAAGACCUGCUAUUAAUCAAUUAUCUACAAUCGCAUGUUUAGUGAAUAAUGUUGGUAUGGGAUUACCAUUAGAUUUAUUUACUGGAGAAAUCGGUUCACCAAAUGAACAAUCUAUUAAAAAUAUCAUUCAUUGUAACAUUUUGUCUGCAAUAAUGAUGACCAGCAUCAUUCUACCGAAAAUGUUAAUACAGAAAGGACCUAAUCCUGGUAUCAUUAAUAUUUCCUCCUAUUCAGCACUUAGAGCAACUCCAUAUUUAACAUUAUAUUCAUCAACCAAAGCAUUUAUUAUACAAUUCUGUAAAUGCUUAACUGCUGAAAAGUAUAGAAAGAAUGUGAUUAUACAAAUAUUAUGUCCAUUAACUAUAUAUACAUCAAUGACUAAAAAUGAAAAACCAUCUUAUUUUAAUCCAUCUGCUAAACUGUUUGUUAAUAGUGCAUUGAAUAUGUAUGGUGUAGUACAACAAUCAACUGGUUAUAUAUUACAUGAAUAUAAAGCUUAUCUAUUUGAUUUAUUACCCACAUCUUUAUGGAUAUUAUUAACAUAUGCUAGAGUUCAUGCACGUAAGAAAUAUGUAUAAUGAUACUGUAACAAGAUCUAUUUUCAUUUCAUUAUAUCUGAUACUUUAUGGUGAUUAAUUGAUAUGAGAUCUGUUUAGUUCUGUUGGAUGUUUGUAAUGUUGAGAUUUAGUUUGUUGUUGUUGUUUUUUAAAUAUAGAAUUUUUCGAAUUAAA